AUGACCCCAUCAUUCCUGAAGCUGGUCAGAACCGCAGUCCACAAGCUGCUAGCUUGGAAGCUCACUGACAUACAGUACAAUAGUAGCCUAGCUUGCCUUGUCAGUCCAUCCAUGGCGAAGCUCGUCUACCUCUUGACCAUCAUGCCGCUUCUACUGCUUCUCAGCGAACAGUGUGAAGCUGCAGCGACAAGCUGCCGUCAUGUCGGCGCCGGAGGAGCUGCUGCAGCAGCGGGUAGGAGCUCCGGCGGCCCGCAGGUGGAGGGGAUGUUCGUGUUCGGGAGCUCGCUGGUGGACAACGGCAACAACAACUUCCUCAACGGCUCCGGCGUGCGCGCCGACUACCUCCCCUACGGCGUGGACUUCCCGCUGGGCCCCUCGGGCCGCUUCUCCAACGGCCGCAACGUCAUCGACGCGCUCGGCGAGCUCCUCCGCCUCCCGGGGCUCGUCCCGCCCUUCGCCGACCCGCGCACCCGCGGCCGCGCCGCGCUGCACGGCGUCAACUUCGCCUCCGGCGGCUCCGGCAUCCUCGACCACACCGGCCAGCUCACCGGCGAGGUGGUGAGCCUGCGCCAGCAGAUCAGCAACUUCGCGUUGGUGACCUUCCCCGACCUGCGGGCCCAGCUGCGCGGAGCUGCGGCGACCGCCGCCGACCAUAGGAUCAAGCGCCAGGAUUCCUUCCAGCGAUGCUACCUGUCCAAGUGCCUCUUCAUCAUUGGAACAGGUGGCAACGACUACCUGCUCAACUACUUCAACCCCAGGAAGAAUGGCACCGAGGGUGGGACCGGGACCCCCUUGCCAGAGUUCACAAGGUCUCUCAUCACCAAGCUCUCACACCAUCUUCAGAGGCUGUACGCUCUGGGCGCGAGGAAGUUUGUGGUCUUCUCGAUCCAGCCGACCGGGUGCACCCCCGUGGUGCGGUCGUUCCUCAACAUCACCGGCGCCGCCUGCAUCGAGCCGGUGAACAACGCGGUGGCGCUCUUCAACUCGGAGCUCCGGCAGCUGGUCGACGGCGCGAGGUCGCGCAUGCCCGCCGCCAGGCUCGCCUACAUCGACUCGUACAAGAUUAUCAAGGACAUGCUGGACCACCCCGCCAAACACGGCGUGAGGGAGACGGGCAGGGCCUGCUGCGAGAUGUCCCGGAGCUCGUCCGGCGUGCUGUGCAAGAAGCAGGGGCCCGUGUGCAGGGACCGGACCGAGUACGUGUUCUUCGACGGGCUGCACCCGACGGACGCCGUGAACGCCAGGAUCGCGCGCAAGGGCUACGGCUCCAGCUCGCCGGAGCACGCCUACCCCAUCAACGUGAAGAAGCUAGCCAUGCUGUAGCGCUGCAGGAUAAUAAUCCUUCUCUUAGUAAUUAAUUAAAUUGUGAUGAAUGGAUUAAUCUAAGCCGUGCGUGCAUGAUCUAGCAGCUAGGUUAAAUAAGAAUUUUGUAAGUCUUAGCACUAGUUCAAUGGAUAAUCUAGUAGCCGAGCAUUUGUCCGAGGCGCCGGGCCAGUGCGCCAUAUAUGGGCUGAAUCGAAAGCUUUGGUUUUAGGCCCAAGGCCUUUCCAAGGCCCGUGUUUUUUUUGGAUGU